GGAGCCUCGCGGGCUGCGGUGAGCGCGCCGCCAGCAGCGCCUGCCGAGAGACCUCCUGCACACAUUCAGUGCCGCAAAUUCAUCCUGAAUACCUUUAACUCCGGCAAAAAACACCCUUCCUCGCUGCCCAUUUGAUAUCCCCUUAAAUUUUGCGGUUACAAUCACCACAGGAACCUUUGCUUAACGAAAUGAAACACAAUCUGGUGUGCCAGACACCUCCCACUGUCACUGUUCAUGUAAAAGCGAGUGCAUCCAGAUCACAUCAGCAAAAAAAACUUACUAGACUAAAGCGACCUGCUUUUAAAGACCAUCAAGAAAAUUGUGAAAAAGGGGUUCCUAGUCAGAAAUAUAAAUGUCCCAAGGGACCAUGCCUAGUUAUUCAGCGUCAGGAAAUGACAGCUUUCUUUAAAUUAUUUGAUGAUGAUCUAAUCCAAGACUUCCUUUGGAUGGACUGUUGCUGUGAAAUUGCAGACAAAUAUCUCUUGGCAAUGACUUUCGUUUAUUUCAAGAGAGCUAACUUCACACCAAGGGAGCAUACCAGAAUUAAUUUCUUUGUGGCUCUGUAUCUGGCAAACACAGUUGAAGAAGACAAUGAAGAAGCAAAGUAUGACAUUUUCCCAUGGGCUUUGGGCAAAGCCUGGAGAAAGCUCUUCCCUGAUUUCUUAAAGUUAAGAGAUCAACUGUGGAGUAGAAUUGACUACAGGGCUAUUGUAAGCAGACGCUGCUGUGAAGAGGUGAUGGCUAUCGCUCCAACACAUUACAUCUGGCAGCGGGAGCGCUCUGUGCACCACAGUGGAGCUGUGAGGAACUACAAUGAUCAAGUGCAGCUGCCCCGAGGACCCAGUGCCACUCCGACAGACUGCCAGCUCUGCGGUAAGAAAGGCAGAUUUGUACGACUCGGAUUAUCAUCGUCCUCCUCAUCUACUGACACUCUGGAGAGGACAGAAUUACACUCAUCCCAGAAAUCCAACGACACCUUUUCAACUGAAAAAAUGCUCAUCGACUCUCCUUCUUACAAAGCCCAAGACUGUCAGAGACUGUCCAGGAAAAGGCAACCAUGUAGCAGCCUGGAUCAAGAUAAGUCCAUGGACUGGUUUACAAGCAAUGGAGAAUAAAAUGCACCUGGUAAGA